GGCUACAUGUCCAUGCCACACCGUCACCGCCCCAAGUGUUUUCACUUUUUCCCGACAUACGCAGCAAUCAAGACUCUCCUGGGAAAUAAUACAGCUUCGGUUUUUUGUUGUGAUUCUUUUACAUUUAUGAUCUGGUGAGAUCCCUCCGCACCACGCCACAUUUAGCGCCUGGAAUUAUAUCUUCGAGGAUUUACUAUCGGUCUGAAAGUUCAUCAGGGGAUUUUAAACGCGCAGUUUGGAGCUGAGGAGGACAUGAGGGAGGAGCCUCGCGUUGGCCCGACACACCGAGGCAGCAGCAGGAGCGCCCGCUCUCUCUCCCCCGCCGCUGCGCGCCCUCGAGCCCAGACACUCGUCCCAGGGAGGGUCAUGAGUUAGUCGGGUGCGGGCAUCACCUCCCUCUCCCCCCCCCCCCGCCCCGGAGCACCGUGUCUGGAGACCCCGCCCCCAGGCCCGCCCCCCUCGCCCUGCUUCAUGAGCCAGCAGGAUGCAGCUGCGGUCCUCGCACUGUCCGAGCGCCUCCUGGUAGCCUGCCACAAGGGCCAGGCCGACAAUGUGGUGCAGCUCAUCAACAAGGGCGCCAAAGUAGCCGUCACCAAGUACGGCCGAAGUCCUCUGCACCUGGCCUCCUACAAGGGCCACAUCGAGGUGGUGCGCAUUCUGCUGAAGGCCGGCUGUGACCUGGACAUCCAGGACGACGGGGAACAGACAGCGCUACACAGAGCAGCUGUGGUGGGACACACAGACGUCCUCUCUGCUCUCGUCCAGGAAGGGUGUGCUCUGGACAGACAGGACAAGGAUGGUAACACUGCUCUGCAUGAGGUCUCGUGGCAUGGCUUUAGCCAGUCUGUCAAACUGCUGGUCAAGGCUGGAGCUAACGUCCAUGCUAAAAACAAGGCAGGGAACACAGCUCUCCACCUGGCCUGUCAGAACGGUCAUGCUCAGAGCUCCAAAGUGCUGCUGCUAGGAGGCUCCCGGCCCGACAGCAAGAACCAUGUAGGUGACACCUGCCUGCAUGUGGCCGGCCGCUACAACCAUGUGACCAUGAUCCGGAUCCUUCUGGGAGCCUUCUGCUCUGUGUCGGAAAGGAACAAGGUUGGGGACACACCGCUGCAUGUUGCAGCUGCGUUGAAUCAUAAGAAGACUGUGCGUCUUCUCCUGGAGGCGGGAACAGACGGCAGCAUUCUCAACAACGCAGGUCAGACUGCGCUGGACCAGGCUAGAGAACACAACAACCCAGAUGUAGCUCUUCUUCUGACCAAAGCUCCUCAGGUGCAGAGCUUCGCCCGGGGCAGGAGUGUGAGGAAGAGGAGGGACAAGCUGAAGGCCGAGCGCAGAGCCCAGUCAGUCCCCAGGGACGACAUGCUGCCCAGCAAGGACAGUGCAUCGGCUGCAGACGACACCCACAGCAGUGACAGGGCGGCCCGCAAGCACACCGAAACCAUAGAAACCACUGCCAGGAAAGGCUCUAAAAACAGGAAGCUGAAAGAAAAGCCUUCUCUCUCUGAGCCCCUCCGUCGCCGGGAAAACAAACCCAACGACGAGGGGAGGAAAAGGAAGGCCAAACUGCGAGGCCCCCCCCCCGCCCCCGGCCCGCCACACAACUUCAAGGCCUAUCAGCUGUACACUCUGUACCGCGGCAAGGACGGCAAGGUCAUGCAGGCCCCUCUAAACGGCUGUCGCUGUGAGCCCCUCAUCAACAAGCUGGAGAACCAGCUAGAAGCGACCAAGGAGGAGAUGAAGACUGAGAUCAGCACCGUCCAGGACCUGAUGAACAACAAGAUGGGUCAGCUGGAUCGCAAGAACAAGCACCAGAUCCGUGCUCUUGAUAAGAUGACGGUGGAGAGGGUGUCAGCAGAGAGGACAGAGUGUUUCCACAGGAUCGACCAGAGAGCCAUGGAAGAGAGGCUGGAGGUGGACAAGAGACAGGCGUCAGUGGUCAACGAGCUGAAAAGCUGGUGCAUGGCCAAGCUGCAGAACAUCGAGGUCCGCUUCAACCGAGACCCCCGUCAGGGCCUGCUGAAGCGCUCCUCCUCCAUGGCCGAGGGUCUGUGUGAGGUGGACCCUGCCGGGGUCACCGUGCUGCCUGCUGGGCCCGGGGGCAGCACCCACUGCCUGGCCCCUGCCGCCCCAGAGGGGCCAGGUCCUGAGGAGGGAGAGCCCUAUGGAGGUACCUCAGAGGAAGGCAACGCCAAUCACUAUUUUGUGAUUCAUGUGGACACCUCUCCAGAUGGAGAUAAACAUCCCAAGCCAGAGCUCUCUUCCCCGUCUCCUGCCAAGUCUCUCUCACCGUCUCCCCGAGUCGUCCGUCCCAAGGAGCGCUCGCUUGCCUCUGCUGACCCCCAGAGGCCGCAGCAGGGACUGCAGCACACAGACCAGCCAGACCUCCGACCCGGCCGGGGCCCCAGGGCCGGCAGCUUGUCCCCUGCCACGGGGCGUCGCUGCAGCAGCAGACAUGAGCGGGACCGAGGAAGGGACAGGGGCAAACACCACAAGAGGCAUUCCCAGGGCAGAACUAAGGCCAGGGGGGGCUCAGAGCAGCCUGUGGGGGGCUCAGAGCAGCCUGUGGGGGGCUCAGGGCAGCCUGUGGGGGGCUCAGAGCAGCCUGGGGGGGGGCAGACUCUGGAGGUGUUUGCGGAGAAAGGAAAAGAGCCCUCCUUCGCCCAGGAGAGGGAGAACAUGCACGCCCUGGAGGUGACGCAGUACUUCUUCGAGGCGGUGUCGACCCAGAUGGAGCGCUGGUACGAGAGGAAGAUCCAGGAAGCUCGCUGGCAGGCGGAGCAGAGGGCGCAGGCGGACCGGGCCGCACUGAUGGAGAGGAUCACCUACCUGGAGGACGAACUGCGACUCCUGAGGACCAACCGCAAGGACGACAGCUAACAGGCGCUCACAACACACGCUCACCUAGAGCCCUCAGAACAACAACUGUCUUUUACAUUUGAAAAGAAUGAUGAGCUCAGUAAGUUUACUUAAAAAAAGAUAAAAUGAUUCAUCUCUGUUGUAAUUAUUCCCUGCUAACAAUAGCCCAAAACUCAAGCAUUUAAAUCGACACAAUAUGGCAUGAUCGUUCAGCACUAUGAUGCAUUGUAAAUAUUGUGUAACUUUGAGCAGGACAGCUUGUGUGUACUGUGCUGUGAAGACCCAAGUAGAUGGUAGUUGUUGUUGAUGGAUCAGUCACAGCCGUUAUCGUUUAGGAAGACUUACUGCAGAUAAAGUUUAGGGCAUUAACACACACUAAAUCACAACUCUCAAAUUGACAUGUUAAGAAACUGCAAGAGGGAAACAUGGCUGACAUGUUACUGGAUUAAUUAUAAUCAAUUUAUUCAAUAGAAUAAAUAUAAUAGAAAACCACUUAAUCAUCACAUGCCUAUCUUUUGAAGCAAGACUGUCGAGAUAAUGAAAAGGAUAGUAAAAUAAGCUUGUAUUGACCACUGUAGGCUGGAACUUUAUAUGUGACCUUAAAGGGCGAACACCUCAUGUGAAUACAGCCAAACUGUAUGUCUUAACUGAAGAAAACUUGAUCUUUCAUAACAUAGACUUAGCAUUUGUAUACAUUUAGACUUAUGUCUCCUCCCUUGACGGUAAA